CAUCAUGAAAGUGGAACCAAAUAUGAACAUUUAAUCGCCAGCCGACAUUUCUUGUCUCCCUUCACAUUCACUCUUUUACAUAUUUAUACCGGUUACCAGAAUGGUGAUACGGAAUACUCCAAUGGCCACUUCAACGGCAUCCGCACUCUCCUUCACUGAAUCCCUCAGCCUCCUCUCCCUGACACUCGCCUGCGUGGGCAUUAUCUCGAACACCUUUCGCGGCGAUGGCGAACCUCUCAUCGCAUCACUGGCGUUCAGCGGAAUUGCGUUCGCGGCGUCGUAUUCGAUGAUAAGAUGGCUUGGGCCGACAUUCAUGAAGGCAGGCUUGAAGGGGAAGGACAUGUCGAAGGUUCAUAAGAAGGAGAUUCCUGAGACAAUGGGCGCGGUAUGCGCAGUUGUUUAUCUGAUGAUGAUCAUUGUUUUCAUACCGUUUCCGUUCUACAAGGAUAUUGUGGCAGCUACAUCGGGAGGUGGAAAUCGAGAUGUAGUUCUGGAGAUGGAGAAUGUGCAGACUGGGAGGUUCUUGCAUAGAUUCCCACAUAGCAAGUUAGCAUCCUACCUCUCAGCAAUCCUCUCCCUCCAAUCCGUCUGCAUCCUAGGCGUCGGCGACGACCUCUUUGACAUCCGCUGGCGCCACAAAUUCUUCAUCCCCGGAAUCGCCAGCAUCCCCCUCCUAAUCGUCUACUUCGUCGACUUCGGCGUCACACAGAUCGUGAUCCCAAUCCCGCUCCGGCCCUACCUAGGCGGGCUCUUCGACCUCGGCUUCCUCUACUACGUCUACAUGGCGGCCGUCGCCAUCUUCUGCCCCAACAGCAUCAACAUCCUCGCCGGCAUCAACGGUAUCGAAGUCUCCCAAUCCCUCGUAAUCGCCUUCCUCCUCGUCAUCAACGACGCCUUCUACCUCAUCGGACCAUUCCCCCCUCUCCACCCAGCAACGGACUCCCAUCUCUUCUCGCUGUACAUGCUCCUCCCCUUCAUCGGCGUGUCCCUCGCGCUGCUCUGCCACAACUGGUACCCCGCCAAGGUCUUUGUCGGAGACACAUACUGCUACUUCGCUGGCAUGGUUUUCGCCGUUGUGGGAAUCUGUGGUCAUUUCUCGAAGACGCUACUCUUGCUAUUCAUUCCCCAGAUCUUCAACUUCGUAUACUCCGCGCCUCAGCUCUUCCGCUUGAUUCCCUGCCCGCGUCACCGUCUCCCGCGCUUCAAUGCCCGAACGGGACUCAUGGAAGCGUCUGUGACGGAGUAUACGUACCCGCCAAAGAAACACGUGGCGCUCAUCCUUACGGUACUGCAUAAACUGAGGUUAUCGAGAGUGCAGUGGAAUGAAGAAGGUGUGAUAGUGACAAGUACUAAUUUCACGAUUUUGAAUCUGUGGUUGGUGUGGUGGGGUGCUAAGAGAGAAGAUAGACUUGCGUUGGAAAUUCUGGCGAUGCAGACUGCUGUGGGAUUGUUCGGGUUAUUCGUGAGGCAUAAUUUCGCGCUGUUGAUUUUCGAGUCGGAUAAUCUGGGUCGGAAGUGAUGAGUGUGGGUGGACAGCUGGGCAGUUUGUGUGUUGUGAAGAGAAUCGUGAUAAAUAGGAAAGGAAAUCCAGGUAUCGUCCUGUUCAAGAGUUGGACAAGGUAAGAGAGAGGGAAAUGUACAGAUAUCCAAGCCUCAAAGAAGGAUGGAUGACUGGAUUCGUAGUCCAUCAACUUAUGGAGAGAUAGAUGGAGAUGUACACUACACCACAGACAUAUCAAACUACCUCAACGUAGAUUAAAUCCAAAAGACCAAAAGCCACUUAUCCAUCCAUCCUAGGCAGCUGGUUUAAUCUCCUCUGCCCAAGUACCUACCUACCUACCAACCUACCUACCUACCCAUACCGCCUGAAGCACCCAUCGUAUUAGAAAUAAACCCCACUCUCACAGCACCACAGCACCACCUUGCCUGUACCUGUACCUCUACCCAUCCUCAGACGACCCACCCAAAACUCAGUCCAAAGUUCAACAGAACGACUAAAAAAAAGAGAGAGAGAGGGAGUAGCGACGUCUGGAAAUUACUUCAAUUAAUAAAUGCCAAGUUCAAGAUCCAGAUAUCGUGACGACAAAAGGUCUUACUCGUGACAUCUACCUACCGUGUGACUCGACAAUGUCGACUCGACAUUGGGUGUGUGAGGUGGAUACACUCACAAGGCACCCAUCGGGACGUACCUACAUCACGCGAGGUCGGGGUGGCUCAUGACUUACUUACUUGACAAAGAGAGUCAUGAGUAAUCACCCCCUUCUCUCUACUUCGCAC